CUGUCCUUCACCACCAUAUGACACUGAAUCUCAGAUUGACAAUCCUGGAUGAUAUGCUGGAUUAAUAGAUGAUCCUUGAAUCCUUAAUUCUUAUCUGUUCUUUUCACAUACAGGUCCAGAGGAGAAGGCCAUGGUCAAGGUUGAAGACACUGAGGAGGAGGCGUCUUCAUCUGAUCAUGCGCUUUCUCCAGUGUCUGGUUCAGGCUCUGUCACCAGCUCUCUUACUGAAGGGAGUUCCUCUGUUGUUGAUGACUGGAGUGGGGUUGAGCCCCUCAGCAUGGAACCAGUGCUGUCUCUGCCGUGGAUCGGUGAGGUGGUCUCCAGAGAGGAAAUGAAGCCACCGGCCCCCGUGAAAGAAGGUUUUCCAGAGGGGAAACACCUCUGGUACACGGUGGACUUCAGUGCAUCUCGUAAGGAGACCACCACACCACCAUCCACAAGUGCAGGCGGCACACAUCAGGAGAACAUCAAGGACCACGAGACUAAAGAUCUCAAGGCGAGGGCGGAGAUUUUAGUCUUUGAUGUGGUCCGUUUCUUCGGAUGUGGUUAUGUUUCUGCAGAAUUCCGAUUUAAGGUAGGGCGAACAUUGGUGGACUUUGCCCUGACCUCUGAGGAGGCAUGUAGUCUCGUGAGGAAGACUUUGGACCGGGAGAUGCUCCGCCUGCGUAGAGAAGAGAGUUCGCCCCAGAAAUUGAUUCACCUUUACAGGUUCAUAAAGAGGUAUCCCAUGAUUUUUGUAGGCAUGAAGUGCCAACUUUCUUCAUGGGUCCUCGAGGAUCUUUAUGAUUCAGACCUCUCUUCGGAGGAUGAAUCUGAUGAGGUUGUACCUGCUGCUGCCCCUGCUCCUGCUGACCCUCCAGCAGUGAUCCUUCCCUCACCACCUCCUGCACCUGCUCCUGCUGACCCUCCAGCAGUGCUCCUUCCCUCGCCACCUCCUGCACCUGUUCCUGCUGACCCUCCAGCAGUGCUCCUUCCCUCGCCACCUCCUGCACCUGCUCCUGCUGACCCUCCAGCAGUGAUCCUUCCCUCACCACCUCCUGCUCCUGCUGACCCUCCAGCAGUGCUCCUUCCCUCGCCACCUCCUGCACCUGUUCCUGCUGACCCUCCAGCAGUGCUCCUUCCCUCGCCACCUCCUGCACCUGCUCCUGCUGACCCUCCAGCAGUGAUCCUUCCCUCGCCACCUCCUGCACCUGCUCCUGCUGACCCUCCAGCAGUGGUUCUACCCUCCCCUAUUGUGUCUCAACCUUCACCUCCAGAUGGAUCGACUGCUCCAGUUGAGACACCUCAGCCCCAGACGCCUCCAUCCUCUCAGCAAACUAGUGCAGACAAGGUGGAGGAUAAGAAGGUGGAGACUAGUUUACCAUCUCCACCUUCACCUCCUGAUGGGUCAACCGCUCCGGUUGCACCUCCUCGGCCCCAAACGCCUCCAUCCUCUCAGCAAACUAGUGCAGAUGAGGUGGAGGAUAUGGAGGUGGAGACUAGUUUACCAGCUCCACCUUCACCUCCUGAUGGGUCAACCGCUCCGGUUGCACCUCCUCGGCCCCAAACGCCUCCAUCCUCUCAGCAAAAUAAAGCUGAUGAGGUGGAGGACAUGGAGGUGGAGGCUAGUUUACCAGCUCCACCUUCACCUCCUGAUGGGUCAACCGUUCAGGUUGCGUCUCCGCAGACGCCUCCUCAGCCCCAAACGCCUCCUCAGCCACAGCCGUCUUCGUCCUCUCAGCAAACUAGUGCAGACAAGGUGGAGGACAUGGAGGUGGAGACUAGUUUACCAUCUCUACCUCCAUCUCCAGAUGGGUCAACCGCUCCGGUUGCAUCUCCUCAGCCACAGACGCCUCCUCAGCCCCAAACGCCUCCUCAGCCCCAAACGCCUCCAUCCUCUCAGCAAACUAGUGCAGAUGAGGUGGAGGAUAUGGAGGUGGAGACUAGUUUACCAUCUCCACCUCCACCUCCAGAUGGGUCAACCGCUCCGGUUGCACCUCCUCAGCCCCAAACGCCUCCUCAGCCCCAGCCGUCUUCGUCCUAUCAGCAAAGUAAUGAGAUGGAGCUGACAUCAAUAAUGGCCAGACUCUGUCUCACGGAAAUUGAUAUUAAACCUCAACCUUCACCUCCGGAUGGGUCAACCGCUCCGGUUGCGUCUCCGCAGACGCCUCCUCAGCCCCAAACGCCUCCUCAGCCCCAAACGCCUCCUCAGCCCCAAACGCCUCCUCAGCCCCAGACGCCGCCUCAGCCCCAGCCGUCUUCAUCCUCUCAGCAAAGUAAUGAGAUGGAGCUGACAUCAAUAAUGGCCAGACUCUGUCUCACAGAAACUGAUAUUAAAGCUCAACAUUCAUCUCCUCACGGGCUGUUGACUGAUGUCACGCCACCUCAGGCCCAACUUUCACCUCCUCACAGACGAGCAUCUCCUCCCGCCUCACCUCCUCAGCGUCGUGCUGUCAAGCGUCCGGCGUCUUCACAGGAUGAUCCGGAUGAGAUGGAGCCGACGCCGAAGAGGGAGAGGCUAAAUGGGCUGUCGACUGAGGUCACGCCGCCUCCGGCCCAGACGCCAUCAUCCACACAGCAAAAUAAAGCAGACACUGCCGUGGCCGACUGUUCUUCAGUUUCUCAACCUUCAACUAAUAACAGUCGGCCAAUCCGGCAAGUGUCUCCUCCCGCGUCUCUUCCUAAACGUCGUGCUGUUAAGCGUCCCGCUCCAUCCACUUCACAGGAAGCAUCUGAAGGCAUGGUAUCAGACGCCAAGAGACCCAGACUUCAUAAGUUACUUUAAAAAAAAAAAGAAGAAGAAGAAGAGACCCAACCUGACCUCCUCAAACCCCGAGCAGAAAAUAAAUAAAAAUAUUUUGAUAUUAAACAGAGUAGAGUAGUACAGAAAACAAGAAUUACAAAGAUUGUUUGUGACGCAUUCAUUAUGUUCAUUUAUUGUGUCAAACUUAAAUGUAAUGCGAUUAUCAGCCGCAUCAAAUGAAAAGAGCAAAAAUCAUGAUCAGGUUUUACCAACAUUUCCAUCAUCCACUAGAAAGCACUUACAGCCAAACUUACUGUAAACCUAAUAAGACAAAGAACCAAGUUAGGUUGAAAUCACUGAGAGAGAAACUUCACUAAAGUUUCUCUGUUCUCCUUUAACUCCUUUAGUAACACUAAACAGACAGAUCACAGAUGAGUUCAAACAGUUAACUAACUUAAAAUCAAUACAAGGUCUUUACAUCUUCUAACAAUCUGAUUACGAGGUUAUAAGAUCAAAAAGGUUUUUAAACGUCUCUCUACAGCUUAUGACGUAUAAUAUAUGAGAGAUUUCUGACUGCAGCAAUAACUUAUAAAAAAACACUUAUUUUUAUUAUCAUAAGAAAACAUUGAAGUUUAUUGGUUAUGACGUGGACGACUUAUGAAUACAUAAAUCAUUUCUGAAGAGUUUGUUUUGAAUAAACACAGUAAAUAAUCUUUUAUUUAAUAUCUAAAGGUGAAAACAUCUGAAGAGAGAUCUGUAUACGAGCUGUUAACUGUUAAUGUUUGUAUAUAGCACAUGAUUCACAUUGUUUUCUUUAUCACACUGCAUUCAGGGAUCUUGAUGGCCACAUAAAGGAGGUGACCUAUAAAGCAGCACAACAUUUUAUUCAUCUGUUUCAGAGGUAAGUUAUUUUAUUACAAAUGUUACUUUAUAAAGUCACUGUUUUAUUAAAGUCAUUUAAAAUGAUAAACAUCCAGUGAUGCUCUGAAUGAACUGAGAUUUAUUGAACACACAGUGUUUCUGUUCAUCUCAUGUUAUUCUUGAGUAUUUAUAGAGUAAUAUUUCAUCCUGAAGAGUCUUUAGUUUGAUCAGAUUUAUAAAAGAGAGAUCAGCUUUAACUCUGGAGAUGAACCGCGGGAGGAGUGAGUCAAGAACAAGCAAC